AUGUUCGAGAAAGAAGAAGCGGGGCGGAAGCACAUUCGUCUGCACAUGGAAGGCGCGCUGACUGCCCGGGACAAGGUCGGGGUGCAGGAUUUUGUGUUGUUGGAUGCCUACACCAGUGAAUCUGCUUUUCUGGAAAAUCUUCGCAAGCGUUUCAGCGAGAACCUCAUCUAUACAUAUAUUGGGACCCUCCUUGUGUCUGUGAACCCAUACCAGGAGCUUGGAAUCUACACUGUGAGCCAGAUGGAACUUUAUCAAGGGGUCAAUUUCUUUGAACUGCCACCGCAUGUCUACGCCAUAGCUGACAACGCUUACCGCAUGAUGUGCUCUGAGCUAAACAACCACUUCAUCCUCAUUUCUGGAGAGAGCGGGGCAGGGAAAACGGAGGCCUCCAAGAAGAUUCUCCAGUAUUUUGCAGUGACCUGCCCGAUGACUGAGUCACUACAAAUAGCCCGUGACAGACUGCUACUCUCCAAUCCAGUGCUGGAGGCUUUUGGAAAUGCCAAAACACUCCGGAAUGACAACUCCAGCAGAUUUGGAAAAUACAUGGACAUACAGUUUGACUUUAAGGGCAUUCCUGUAGGUGGGCAUAUCAUCAGUUACUUGAUAGAAAAGUCUCGAGUCGUCUAUCAAAAUCAGGGUGAGCGGAAUUUCCACAUCUUCUACCAGCUGCUAGAGGGUGGAGAAGAGGAGCUCCUUGCUUACCUGGGACUUGAGCGAGACCCCCAGCUGUAUAAAUACCUCUCACAGGGCCACUGUGCCAAAGAGUCGUCUAUUAAUGACAAGAAUGACUGGAAAACUGUUUCCAAUGCCUUUUCUGUCAUCGAUUUUACUGAAGAUGAUCUGGAGAAUCUCUUUGGAAUUAUUGCCAGUGUCCUACACCUAGGGAACAUCUGUUUUGAAGAGAACCAGCAAGGCUGUGCCUCCAUACCAGACACCCACGAGAUCAAAUGGAUUGCCAAGCUCCUAGGGGUCCACCCAUGGGUCCUUCUGGAAGCUCUCACCCAUAGAAAGAUUGAAGCCAAAACGGAGGAGGUGAUAUGCCCAUUGACUCGAGAACUCUCUGCCUACGCUAGAGAUGCAAUGGCAAAGGCCGUUUAUGGACGAACAUUUACUUGGCUGGUCAACAAAAUCAAUUCCUCCUUAGUGAACAAGGAUUUCACUGGGAAAACUGUGAUUGGAUUGCUGGAUAUCUAUGGGUUUGAAGUCUUUGAUAAGAAUGGUUUUGAACAGUUCUGUAUAAAUUACUGCAAUGAGAAACUCCAGCAACUAUUAAUUGAGAGAACCCUAAAAGCGGAACAGGCAGAAUAUGAAAUGGAAGGUAUAGAGUGGGAGCCAAUUCAGUAUUUCAACAACAAGAUCAUCUGUGACUUGGUAGAAGAGAGACACAAAGGAAUCAUUUCCAUUCUGGAUGAAGAAUGUAUUCGUCCUGGUCCUGCUACAGACUUGAGUUUCCUGGAGAGAUUGGAAGAGAAAGUGGGCAAGCAUGCACACUUCCAAACCCGGAAGCUGGCAGGUCCAAAGGGCAGAAAGAGGAUUGGCUGGAUGGAGUUCCAGCUCUUCCACUAUGCGGGAGAGGUCACAUACUGCACCAAGGGAUUCUUGGAAAAAAACAAUGAUCUCCUCUACAGACAUCUGAAAGAAGUGCUGUGCAGGUCCAAAAACAGAAUCCUGAAGGAAUGCUUCCGGGUGGCCGAGUUAGAAAACCGGAGAAGGCCACCAACGGUGGGGACUCAGUUUAAAAACAGUCUGAGCAGCCUUCUGGAAAUUCUCAUCUCUAAGGAACCUUCAUACAUCCGUUGCAUCAAGCCCAACGAGAGUAAAGAACCCAGCAAGUUCGAUGUCUUCCUCAUAAGGCAUCAGGUCAAGUACCUGGGGCUGAUGGAGCACCUGCGGGUGAGACGGGCCGGCUUUGCGUACCGACGGAAAUACGAGCAUUUCUUGCAAAGGUACAAGUCCUUGUGCCCAGACACCUGGCCGCACUGGCACGGGCCUCCAGCAGAGGGCGUAGAGCGGCUGAUCAAGUACAUUGGCUACGAACCGGAGGAGUACAAGUUAGGGAGAUCCAAAAUAUUCAUUCGCUUCCCUAGAACUCUAUUUGCUACUGAAGAUGCCUUUGAAUUUAGUAAACAUCAAUUAGUUGCGAGAAUCCAAGCCAUGUACAAAGGCUGCCUGGAAAGGAGAACAUACGUGAGAAAAAGACAAGCAGCCAUUAGACUUGAAGCCCACUGGCGUGGAGCCCUGGCUCGGAAGGAGGCCAAAAGGAGAAAGUGGGCUGUGCAGAUUAUAAGAAAGUUCAUAAAGGGAUUCAUCAAUCGCCACAAGCCCCUCUGUCCUGACAAUGAGGAGUUCAUUGUGUUCGUGCGGAAGAAUUACAUCUUGAAUCUUCGGUAUCAUGUCCCAAAGAACGUCUUGGACAAGAACUGGCUGAGGCCUCCUGGCCUCUUGGAAAAUGCAUCGAAUCUGCUCAGGAAAAUGUGCAUGAGGAACCUGGUCCGGAAGUACUGCCGAGGGAUCACAGCCGAGAGGAAAGCCCUGAUGCAGCAAAAGGUGGUUACAAGUGAAAUAUUCAGGGGAAAGAAAGAAGGCUAUGCAGAAAGCUUAAAUCAACCCUUUGCCAACAGCCGAAUAGAUGAAGGAGACAUUAAUCCCAAAGUGCUUCAACUGAUCAGCAGUGAGAAAAUCCAGUACGGUAUCCCGGUCAUUAAAUACGACAGGAAAGGCUUCAAGACACGGCAGAGGCAACUCAUUCUCACUCAGAAAGCAGCUUACGUGGUGGAACUUGCCAAAAUCAAGCAGAAAAUAGAGUACCCUGCACUCAAAGGUGUCUCUACCAGCAGCUUCAGCGACGGGAUCUUAGUCAUUCACGUUUCGCCAGAAGACAACAAGCAAAAGGGGGAUGCCGUCUUACAGUGCAAACACAUAUUUGAGGCAGUUACUAAACUCGUCAUGCUGGUUAAGAAGGAGAACAUUGUAAAUGUUGUUCAGGGAAGUUUACAGUUUUAUAUUAGUCCUGGAAAAGAAGGCACAAUAGUUUUUGACACUGGACCAGAAGAACAAAUCUAUAAAGAUAAAAACGGACAGUUAACAGUGGUGAGUGGCCAUGUCUGGGGAUGGGGGCGGGGGGUGUAAGCAGUUUUAAAU